GUCUCACUGGUAGCGGCGGUGGGCGAGAUGACGUGGCUCGGUGAGGCGAGGAGGGGGCAGAGACGGGCGAGAGUACGCAUCUCUGAAGUGACUCGGCAAUGGGAUGGGUGGGGCGGGUCUGGCGGGCGAGCGGGGAGUUUCUGGCCGCCAAUGGGCGGCGAUUCCUCCCGCUUGUGCUCGGCCUUGUGGCCAUGGGCGCGGUGCUGGGGCUGGAGCGGAGCCUGCUGCCGCUGAUGGCUUCAUCGGUGUGGGGACAAGACUCGUACAAAGCCAAGACCAUGUUCAUUGUCUCGUUUGGCCUGGCAAAGGCUCUGAUGAACGUGGUCUCGGGUCAGCUUGCUGAUCGCUUUGGUCGCAAGCUGACCCUUGUCAUCGGCUUUGUCUUCGGCCUCCCGGUCCCGCUCGUCAUCCUCUUCACCAACUCGUGGGACUUGGUCGUUGCCGUCAACGUGCUCUUCGGCAUGUCGCAGGGCCUCAUUGGCUCGUCUCUCAUCUUUAUGGUCAUUGAUCUGUUUGGCGUCGAGCGCAAGGGCCUCGCCGUCGGCAUCUGCGAGGCCCUCAUCUACUCGACCGUCUCGGUCAUGUCGGCCGUCGCCUCCGAGAUUGCGGACAAGCACGGCUACCGCCCUGUGCCCUUUAUCAUCGGCGCUGUAGUCGGCGGCCUUGGCCUCCUCUCCUCGGCCUUUGUCAUCGACACUAUGGACCUUGUCCGCGCACAGCAGGCCAAUACUGCCGGCAACGCCGCCGCCUCGGACGCCCUGCUCCUCGAGUCCGGCGCAAAAGUCGAGCCCGUGACCUAUGGCGGUGUCGACAACGGUGAUGCCGCCGCCCUCGACGACGUGCUCGCCGGCGAGUCACGCCUACCGUCGCGCUCGGCCACCGAGGCCAUCAUCCGUCUUGCCACCAACCCGAACUUUGUCCUCGUCGCCCUAGCGGGCCUCAUGGACAAGUGCAAGGACUCGAUCCUGUGGGGCCUGGCGCCCGAGUUUCUCGAGGAGAACCACAACGUGUCGAUUGCCACCACCGGCAUCGUCCUCGCCCUCUAUCCUGCAGUCUGGGGCGGGACGCAACUGUUCCUCGGCGGCGCAACCGACCGCCUCGGCCGCCGGCUGUUCCUUGCCCUCGGCUUUGCCACCAACGCCAUCGCCCUCGGCGCUUUUGUGCUCAUUCCCAUGAUCCACAUCUCCUACUCGGAGCGCAUCAUUCUCUGGUCGCUCUGCGCCGUCCUCCUCGGCUUUGGCACCGCCGCCGUCUAUCCGACUAUGCAGGCCGCCGCCGCCGACGAGGUCGAGCCGGCCUGGCGUGCCUCCUCGCUCGGCAUCUACCGUUGCGUCCGCGACUUUGGCUAUGCCGUCGGCGCCCUCUCCGCCGGCGGUGUCGCUGACGCCUUUGGCCUCGACUGGUCCAUCGGCGGCCUCGCCUCUCUGCUCUUCCUUCUUGCCCUCGCCCUGGCCAUCUUUUACCGCAAUCGCCUCUGACGCCACCGUCUCUGACGCCAUCGCCACCGGACGCCGCGCCGAGAGCUCACAUAAAGGCCAUGAACGACGAGCCUGACGAGGCGACAGGCGACGAUGGCUCGUACUCGGCCCAGCUGAGGCCGUAGACCGGUGAGGCGGCGGCGCAAAUGAGGCCGGUAAACGACUCGUCUUCAGCG